AUGGUGGUCAAGCUUACACUGGGGCUGCUUCUUCUGGAGCUACUCCUACCCACACAGAUUUAUUCAAAUCAAACAACUGUUGUAACACUUUCAAGUAACCCCUCCCAGAAUACCUUAACUGCCUCCAAUCCAGCUAAUGCCAUCACCAUGACAACUGGCCGUGCUGGAUAUAAAGGAUGGGAUGUCAACAGAUUCAGUUUUCAUUUGGUUCUUCAAAUCUUUAAGGCCAUGAAACAGCAUGAAAAAUUGGAUACUCUAUUUAUCCACACCAUGUUUCUGGAUAAAAAUCACCAGAAGGAAUUAUCUUUGAAACUCAACUUACCCAAGUCAGCAGUAAAGGUCUGGUUCAGGAACCAACAAUUCAAAUAAGGGAAGCAGCAGCAGCAACUACUAAAGCAACCAAACCAGACCCUUCCAGCCAAGAAUGUGCACAUCUCACUCAUAAAAUCAAUCAGUCUCCAUUCUUUUUUUUCCCCUGCAGUUUCAAAUUUCUAUACUUCCCUUCCACCUCAGCCCUUAGGCCCUUUUAACUGGGCAUGGGACUCCAUCACUGAAAGUCCCAUAAGUGAUAUCCAAAUGUAAGAUCCUUACUUGGAGAAGCUAGUGACCUCAGUUCCUGCUUUGUACUCUGAUACCUAUGACAUAGUCCAAAUAAGGAAAAUGUACAACUUUCCUGAUGCAAGUGAGACAUCCUGCUCUUCUUUACAUUAUCUAUAUCAGUAUCCCUCACCAACAAGGUCCCAGCUAGAAGAAAAGAGUUCCUCUCUCCAUAUAUUUGUUGGUCCAGCUGUAGUUCUAUCUCCUGGACAAAUGAGGUCAAAACUCCGUCCUGUGCUGCAGCUGAUGCACCCCGGCCACUUCCUGAGAUCUGCUUCCUCACAAUCAAGGGACACAGGUGCAGCAGAUGCUGACUCAGCUGGUGCUAUUAAGAUUACAGAGCACAAGAUGGGAAGGGUGAGACUGAUUAUAGGCUUUUGCACCAGACUGAAUGAACACGAUGGUGCUUGUGUCCAGGCAGUGGUGGUGGAGAUGAGAACAGACGUGCCCACUGACCUUUCAGAUCUCUUCCCAAAGCCUUCCUACCUAACUGGGCAGUAG